ACCGGGAGUCCGCCCGCCGGCGCUGGGCUGUCGCCUCCUCGCCCGGCCGCCUCUUCUGCUUCCUAGGUCCAGGCCGUCGCCGGCACCAUGUCCGGCUACCCGAAAAGCUGUAAUCCUUUCGACGAUGACGUGGAGGACGAGGACACCCGGCCGGCGCCGUGGAAGGACACCCGCGACCUGUCCGACGGGCCCGACGCGCCCGUGGACCGGCAGCAGUACCUGAGACAGGAGGUGCUGCGCAGGGCCGAGGCUACGGCUGCCAGCACCAGCAGGUCCUUGUCCCUCAUGUACGAAUCGGAGAAGGUCGGAGUCGCCACUUCCGAGGAGCUGGUCCGCCAGCGAGGAGUCCUAGAACACACGGAAAAGAUGGUAGACAAAAUGGAUCAGGAUUUGAAGACAAGCCAGAAACACAUCAACAGCAUCAAGAGUGUGUUUGGAGGAUUCAUCAACUACUUCAAAUCCAAACCAGUGGAGACACCCCCUGAGCAGAACGGCAGCAUCGGCCCCCAGCCCAGCAGCAAAUUGACAGAAGCCAUGAAUACAAGUAAAGAACAGGAAAGCAAAUACCAAGCCAGCCACCCGAACCUCAGAAGGCUGCAUGAGGCAGACCCAGUUCCCAAAGACCCUGCUUCUGCUGUGACUGCUGAGGUUUACCCAAAGAACUCCAGCCUUCGAGCCUAUCACCAAAAGAUCGACAGCAACCUAGAUGAGCUGUCCAUGGGAUUGGGCCGGCUGAAGGACAUAGCCUUAGGAAUGCAGACGGAAAUUGAGGAGCAGGACGACAUUCUUGACCGACUAACAACCAAAGUGGACAAGCUAGAUGUCAAUAUAAAAAGCACAGAAAAACGAGUUCGUCAGCUCUAAAGAAAUUGAGAAGGAAUUCUACUCCACUGUGAAGAAAAGAUUCAGAAGUCCCUUAAACUCUUAAGAAAUGUCAUUGAGUACAUAAUAUGUAACUUAACUUGUGUUUUCAAAUGUGGGUCUUAAGAAAUUUUAGUUUCAGUGGGGAAAAAUGGAGUGUUCCACGUUUUGGUAAGAGCAACAC